CGCAACGGUUGCAUACACAACGCGUACGGUAGUUGUAAACGUAGACAAAAACAACAAUAAAAAAAGUACCAGAAAUAUAUAUAUAUAGAGAAAAAAUAUUGAAUUUUUACAAAUUAAAAAGUGAAAGCUAAGAAAAAUAAUUAUUAACGCAGUAAAUUUCGUAAUUUCGCGAGCGAAGAAAGAAAUAAGAAAACAAAAAUAAAAAAAAAGAAUUUUGUGUUUGCUUAUUUAAUUUGCCGAAAGCUUGAUUUGCUACCUCUUAAAUUGAGACAAAAUUUAUUUAUUUUCUUUUUCAACACAAAAGCACAAAUUUUGCAAAAAAAAAACAAGAAUCGAAAUUGAGGUGGUGGCGAUUGACAAAUGCAGGAAGAGCUGAAAAAGCUUGAAAGAAAAAAAUAACCAAAAACUAGAAAAAUAAAGUCAAAAAUAUUGAGUCAACUUGCCCUGUGUCCCAGCAAGGAAACUACGCAAUAAGAAAAUAUAGCAUAAGGCUACUUAGCACGUACUGGCACAUACACGUACAUACUCGUAUAUUUCUCCUGGCCAACAGCAAGUCAAGGAUACAGCAACGUUGCCAGCAUAUUUCUCUAUCUGCACAGCUUUUUGCAGCUGCUCAUAAAUUCAAUACUCCACUCACUCACAGCGGUUAAAGCGUAAAAAAAACCCAAAUGCCCGAAGCUUUGACACUGCCCGGCAUGGCUGAUGCGGAGCCAGAUUUGUCAACGUUCGAGAAUAAGACCGGCUUGGCCGAGGAUAUGAAAUUUCUGGCCUCAAUGCCAGAAUUAUGUGAUGUUACGUUUCUAGUUGGUGAUACGCGCGAACCGGUUUGCGCGGUGAAGGCCGUUUUGGCAUCACGCUCUCGCGUUUUCGCCAAAAUGCUCUACUCGGCACCAUCGCCGCAACGUAAACGAGAAGCAUCGACUAAAGAGAAUAAAUUGCGGCUUUUUCUGAAACGCUCAUCGGAGCCAUUGUUGAAUUUACAAAAUGCGGCACAACAGAGAAGUGGUUUCACCCAACAAUUAGCUCCGAUACCUGAGCCCGCUGGACAACAACAUCAAACAUUGAUUAUUGAGGAAUUCGAACCGGAUGUUUUCAGGCAACUGAUAGAGUACAUACAUACAGGGUGUGUGACAUUGCAGCCGCGGACACUUUUAGGUGUUAUGAAUGCAGCUGACUACUACGGCUUGGAGGAGUUGCGUCGCGCUUGCGCUGGCUUCGUACAGUGUUGCAUCAACGUGGACACUGUCUGUGCGCUGCUGGCCUCUGCGGAGCGCUACAUUCAAUACAAAUGCACAAAGAGUUUGGUACAAAAGGUGCUGGAAUUUGUGGAUGAGCAUGGCAAUGAGGUGCUCAAUUUGGGCAGCUUUACGUUGUUGCCACAGCAUGUAGUGCGUCUGAUUUUGGCGCGUGAGGAGUUGCGUGCCGAUGAGUUUACUAAGUUUCAGGCAGCGUUGAUGUGGAGCAAGAAAUAUUUCGACAACAAUCAGAAUAUCGAUAUGAAGGAGAUUUUGGGCAACUUUCUGGAGUACAUUCAAUUUCAUAAGAUACCCGCGAAUGUGCUGAUGCGCGAGAUACAUCCGUUGGGUUUGGUGCCAUAUUCGAUCAUUAUGAAUGCUUUGGCUUAUCAGGCAGACCCAGAAAGCAUCGACCCCGGAAAGCUGUCUCCCAACUCUAGUCGCUCGCACGGCCGUCACAGGCAUCAUCAAUCAUUACCGAAAAUUCGCAAAGCCAAAUCUCAGAGUUUCCGCACCCGACGCAGCCCAUCUGAGCGCCGCAGCCCAAAUACCGCACCCAUUUUCGGUCAAGCGGCCAACCUAACACUGAACACCGCCCAAUUGGCGGCCAAUGAUAAGAAACGCAGUCCACUUACACCAAAGAGUCCCAUACUACCACAAUCGGAAUCGAAAAGUCCCGGCAGUACUUCGCAGAAAACGCCUACAACACUAUCCCGACAGGGCACGCUACGUGCAUCGCAUCGUCGCAAGAGCAGCAUGACCGGUUCACUGGUGCUGGUGCAAGGUCGGCGCAGUCCCGUGGGCUUCAAUGACCGCAGUCCGCAAGGACGCCGUAGCCCAUUGAUUAUGUCAAGUGAUCGCCUGAAGUCACCGAAUGAAUUGCCCGUACAGCCCAUGUUUGGUUUGGGUAUACAUAGUCCAACAGCGCGUAGUCCUACGGGUGGUGCACGUAGUCCAACACUCAGCAUGCACACACAGGAGCGGCGUUCACCCAUCGGCGCUGCGGCACCAAUAGAAUUUGGACAACCGCGACGCAGUCCCACCUCCACCGUACAUGUGCAGGGUGCACACUUUGGCGAGGGAGAGACGAAUGAGAAUGGCAUGGUGCGAUCCAGCAGCGGUAUAAAGCGUCCAUCAAUCAAUCUCUUCACACCCAUCUACUUCAGCGGUGACAAGCGUAGUCCCAUUACUGCGAUGCCAAUACCACCAAUCACUGUUUCCAACCCCACGGAAACGGGUAGAUUAGCUGAAAAGAUUGCCGAGUCCAAUGCGGCAGCAGAAGCAGCACAGGAACUUGAGCGGCAACGCGAAGAACAAGAAGCGGCUGCGGCCGCCGCAAAGGAGGCAACACCUGAGAAGAAGGAGCGUACGAGCGUGAUGAAAGAAAUACUCGCCUUUGUGCGUAAGCCGUCGAAGCAUAUAUCAACGCGCACAAAUCGUUUUGCAAAUGCUUUUACACGCGCCGAGUCGGGCUCAUCAUCGGGACCGCUAAUUAGACAGAGCACAUUCUCGGCCAGUCCGGCCGCAUCAUCGACGGCGGCUAAAAGUGCGGUGGUAAAGCAAAUGUCUGAAGUUGCAUUCGAACCGAAGAUGUCAUUGAAAUUCGCACACUACGCUAAAAUGUCACUGAAACUACGUCGAUCUGCCAACGACGAUAAGGCGAAGCAAGCAGCUUCAGCGAGCACAUCGAAACGUGCCAGUGCCGACUCAAACUUCAGCAGCAGCGGCGGCGGUGGCUGCGGUUUGGAUCCACACGAUGCACAGGUAGGUCGCGCCGGUGGCAGUUUCGGCGGUGGUGCCGGCUCUGGACGUGCAUCACCGCUCGGCGAACUGCCAUUCGAGUUGGCGAAUGUGCAUUUCGAGAAGGUCGGUGAGUCGUAUAUUAAGCACGAGAAAAUACACGAAGAGGAGUAUGUAGAUGAAGCCGGCACCACAACCGACACGAUAGUCACCAGUUUGGUAGAGGAGAUCACAAAUUCGCUCAAAGUAGUCUCGUUGUCAAAUGAGAACACACAAAUCACACAUCACUUUCAGCGACGCUCCGAAAGUCGUGAGCCCAUUGAGCCGCGUAUAAGCGAAGAACGGGAAUCCGACUCGAAUGAUCUUGUAAUUCCAGAGGAUUUCCGUACUGAGCUAACCGAAAUCAUAAAAGCCUAUCCACCAGAACCAAUUUAUGUAAAUUUGCAAGUGUUACGCCGCGAAACUGAAGAGGCCGAGGCGGCUGCUGCACAAGCACUUGCCAAGGCUACCGAAACGAGUAUUACGGCUGAAAAGUCGCCACUGCAAUGUCCGAUUAUCGAGUUUGAACCGCCUUCACGGCGUUCCUCUUUCGAUCCGCCACGUUCGCCAUUUCUAGAGAAUUUGCGUAGUCCCGGCGCUGACACCGACAAUGAUUUGAUAAACUUGCAGCGCCUCGACUCGGGUGGUGAUAGUUUUGAAAUGGUUGAGGGCGAUCGGAAAUCAAGUCGCGCUGAAUCUAGUUUCGAUUGUCCCUAUUCAUCGCGUGAUACUAGUUUUGACAUCUCGCGUUAUCAAUCCACCAGCUAUGAAGAUCAAACUUCCAGCUUUGAGAUUGUAGAUAUGGACGAUAAGAAGAAAUCGAAUAUUGACUUGCGCAAAUCCUCCAUCGAACUAGUCGAUGCGGAGACCUUUCAACGUAGUGGCUAUUCAUGUGGACGCAAGUCUUCGCUGGAAACACACUUUGAUUAUACGCCCUCCGAUGCGAGUGGCAUGACACCGGCACGUUCGCCCAAUUUCCCUGUAAAUAAGAAACAAAAACCCGAAACCCUACGUGCUCUACGCAUUUCACCCUUCAGUGCCUUCUCGCGUGCACGUAGUCCACUCUCCAAUCAGACUUCAUCGAACUACAGUUCACGUGAUAGUUACGACUCCAGCUCCUCCUAUCCACAUUCAGCUCCCAAUCACCACGAACCGCAGCGCAGCCCCUUUGCCGAUCCGACAAAAAAACAUUUUCCGCUCACUAUCAAACAACGUGAGGAAGAGGUGAAAACCUUUCUCUGUACCGAUCAACGUUGUGCUUCGAUAUUUGAGCCACGACCCAGUUCGGUGUUGACACAACAACUUUCAACUGGUUCAAUGUCCACACCGUCAGGUUAUGGCAAUGGCACACCAUGUCCAGUAGUCGGGGGUGGCGGUGUUGUGACUGCGGGUUUCUCAAGCGGUAGCGAGUUUGAGCCACCAUCACCACGCCGAGCGGCGAGUGCUUCACCCAAACACACAUUCACUUUUCGUAUUGUUAUGAAAAAAGUUGAUAGUUCGCCGGAGGCUUUGUGUCCCGAACGACAUCGCAGUCGCAUAUUCGAUAGAUAUCGGCGUAGAGAUAGUCGACGCAAGAGAAUACAUGAGGCGGGCAAGAGUUUUUAAAUUAAGAAAGAGUGAGUUUAGGAAAUAUAAUGGGUAGUAGGAAGGGCGUAAAGAGGAACGCUCAUAUGAAUGAGCAAAUACUCUAAAAAAGGUUUGAGGUGUACUGAUAAGAGAGAAUUUUUUUUUUUAGUGGCGUUAGAGAGAGGGCGUAAAGAGGAACGCUCAUAUGAAUGUGCAAAUGCUCUAAAAAAGGUUUGAGGUGUACUGAUAAGAGAGAAUUUUUUUUUUUAGUGGCGUUAGAGAGAUUAUAACAAAUGAGAGAAAGAGUGAGAGAUACAAUCAAGGGCACUUAGAAACUGCAGUAGAGUAAGCAGUUGGGAAAUGAAUGCAACUCAAGGAACUAAAAAGUAAUAGCGGUAAUAUAGAAAAGAAUACUUCGAGUAAUGUUGGUAUCAAAAAUAUGAAGAGCUUAAAUUAAGAUUUGAUUUUUAAAUCUACUCAACUUUGCGGCCCAAACCUAAAUGCUCUCAAAACUGUACCGUGAAGGAUUCAAAACAGAGAGUUGGUGUGAUUAAAGGAAAAUGGGUGAGAGAUAACACAAUUUUUGACCACAAAAACCAUCAGCACUAAGCGAAACUAUAGCCAGUACAGGGAUAUUUAAUAGUUAGAACCAACAAAAAAAAAAUGCAACGCUGCAACUGAAUUCUAAAUUUAAAACUCAGCAUGUUUGUAUGUAUGUAGUAGAAACUUAGAAACUGUUAACUAGUUAUAUACCAAAGGUGGAGAGUACGGUUUGUUAAGAGAAUUAAUAAAGUAACAGAAAGGAGCGCAUUUAUGAGCAGAUGAAGAUGGAAACUUGGCGAAAUAUAAAGAGAGAAGCUGAAACUGUUACAAAAAGCUAAAGAGAAGAGCGAAUCAACUGCUUUUGAAGAGACAAAUUUUAAAAGAACAAACCAAGAAAAGCAACAAAAUGAGAGAAAUUUCAUAUUAAAAAAGAAGUUCAAGAAUGAAGAGGUAGAGAAAUUCUAAAUUGGCGAAAAUAUGCAACGAGCAAAAAUUGCGAUUGCGAUUAAAAUUCCUUAAGGGCUAAAUAUAGAGAGAAUAUAAACGAGUAUAGCACUUAAAUUAAGAGAGAAGAACAGAAAUGAGUGGAAAAGGAAUAACAGAGCAGCAGAGCAAACAAGAAGUCACAUAGAAUAGGGAAUGCAAGAGCUGUAGGGAGAAAAGUGAAAGAAAGGCAGAAAAGCAAGAGAGGAUAUUAAGAAAUCUAAAAUCAACUUUUUGUUAAAACAAAAUAGUCUCCUCCAUAUAACAAACUGGACAACUUGAAAUUAUAAAAAGUCUCUAAUUAUAAAUAAACAUAUUUUUUUUUUCAAUAAAAACAUCUAAACGCAAUGAACCCACUGGUUCAACCCAGUCUUAUGAAUACAAUCGUUAGAUAAGAAUUGACGAACAAUAAUCUUCAAAAAAAUCAAACAAAAGUAAAUAAAUAAGAAAAUUAAUACAAAAAAAAAAAAACAAUAAAAAAUCGAUUGUCUAAAGUUUAACGGUACAACACUUGCAUUGCAACAGUUUAAUGGCCAGAAAAUAUUUUUAAAUGUAAAUUCAUAUAAUACAAUUUACUUGUCAGUUCUUUUGUGUCAAGAAAUAGCUAUUUAAUAAAUAAAUGUACUCUAUAAAAAAACAGA